GUCCUGAACAGACUCAAAGAACGUUUUCCUAUAUAACAAUCUGCAUAUGCAUAUGCAAGUUACAUUUAAUUGGUAUAUCUGUCUCGUACCUUUUGCGCUUCUAUCGAUACCCCAUUCAAUACAGUUGAACGAUGAUGGAAUGAAACGACCCAACGUACUAGUUGCCCUAGGUGCGGAGACCCAGACGUGGCUCGCAUAAACAGACAGAACCACCGCCAGAUCAUAAAUCGUGGUGGGCUCUGAUUUGAAAAUUGGAAUUGUGUCCUGGGUAAACAUCAGGUGCAAUUCUACCAAUUUCUGUCCCUCUCGCCAUCACGUAUCAAAACGCGCGAGCUGUUUGCGCCCAAAUUCAAGCGGAACAGUAUACAAAACGUCGUACGACGGAUCGAGAUCUCAAGUUGAAUUGACGAUAAUAUUUUUCAGAAAAUUGGUGGACCUGUGACUCAGACGACAAUUUCUUACCUCCUCCGGGAGUCUUAUUCUUUGCACUCAACUCAACAUGCCGACAUACAGACGUACAACAGCUAGGAGACGGUAUCAAUGGCCAGAACUGCAACUAAACAUAUGGCUUAUCACAGUCCUAGCCGGCUCGGGGACAUGUCUGGGAAUAUUCGCCUGGUUCAUGGCAGUUCAAACGCAACUGAAAUUGGGAAUACCAUGGCUCUUCCCAUUCAUGACCGUCUGCGGAGCCCUCGGCGUCAUAUUCUGUCUCAUCAUCCUCAUCCUCGCGGCGCAACGAUUCCUCCUCCCCGGUAUAAUAAUAAUCGGCAGCUUCUUGCUCUUCACGUUAUGGUUGACGGGUUUGAUUGAGACGGGUCUGCAGCUUUACGGCGCUCAGGCAAAUGUCAAUUCGAAUUGUCAGAAUUUUGUGUCGAAUAUGCCAUUUUCGGGGAAUACGGUGGAGGCUUUGGCUUGGUUGACGCAGAAUAAUAUAUGUAAUUGCUGGAAAGCGGCGUUUGCAUUUGAGCUUGUGAAUACAGUGUUUUAUUUUUGGAUGAUGGUCAUGUCAUGGCAAGUGCAUCGGGAUGCCAGUUGAUUGAUCAAUUGUCAUACAUAUUAUGUGUCGUUAUGGUGUGAAUAGAGGCGAAGUGUGUUUUGUAUUUUUGUAUCAUCAUGAGUGGGGUAUGAUGUUUAUGUACUUGGAGCACGAUGUUUUCGAUAAGGGUUGGGGUUAUUAGGGUUAGGGCUAAGCACACGGCAUGACUGAACUUCCCCUCUUCGCUCUCAAUGCUCUCGUGUUAUUCGCUCUAUUCAUAUCAGCUGCUCAGCCACGAUGCUAUACCCAACCCAA